GUACAUGCAAACAAAUGUCAUGCUUACAUGACGUGUGACGACACAGUCGAGAACAUGUUUGCAUUUAUAACAAUAAAUACACAUUUGUAACCUAUAAUAAAAUAAUACAACUGUCUCAAAAGUUAGUAUUCUAUUCUGUUACAUAUUCGUGUUGAGAAUGUUGUCUAGGCAGACAGCUCACUACACAGAUGUUGUCUAGUUAGACGACUCGGUAGGUUUUGUGACUCUCUCGAUCAUCUUUUGGCUGAUGCUGCACUGAGGGCGGCGCUGGUCUCACUUUCUCCUCCGCUCCCCUCCGGUCACUUCGAGUAACUUAACGGAGAGCCCGCGGUCAGGAUGAUCUGAGAGCUGCGAGUCAGCGGUGCUCUGCGACAGACAUGGCCGCUCAGCGUGAAGCCUUCAGCGGAUACUCACAGCAGUCUGACCCGGGCUCGAACAGCGAGCGCAGCGCCGACUCUCCUCUGCCCGGGUCUGAGGAUGACUCCACCGGACCCGCCGCGCCGCCGGACCCCGAGUGGACCGAGGAGAGGUUUCGAGUGGACCGCAAAAAGCUGGAGAUCAUGCUUUUAGCUGCCACCGAGGGCCGCGUCAACGGAGGUGAGGACUUCUUUCAGAAGGUCAUGGAGGAGACGAAUACUCAGAUUGCAUGGCCUUCCAAACUAAAGAUCGGUGCCAAAUCCAAGAAAGAUCCACACAUUAAAGUUAGCGGAAAGAGGGACAAUGUAAAGGAAGCCAAAGAGAAGAUCAUGUCUGUCCUGGAUACAAAGAGUAAUCGUGUGACUCUAAAGAUGGACGUCUCGCACACCGAGCAUUCACACGUCAUCGGGAAGGGAGGAAACAACAUCAAGAAAGUGAUGGAGGACACGGGCUGUCACAUCCACUUCCCUGAUUCCAACCGCAACAAUCAGGCCGAGAAGAGCAACCAGGUGUCUAUAGCUGGACAGCCGGGAGGAGUCGAGGCGGCCAGAGCCAGAAUUCGGGAGUUGCUUCCCCUGGUGUUGAUGUUUGAACUGCCGGUGAUGGUUCAGAUGAAUCCUGACCCGAGCUCUCCUGCCAUCCAGCACAUCUCGCAGACGUACAACAUCUCUGUGACCUUCAAGCAGAGAUCCAGACUCUACGGAGCGACGGGAGUCGUGCGGGGCUCGCAGAACAACGUAGCAGCUGUGAAGAGGGGUACGGUGGUGUUGCUGGAGCAUCUCGCGGGGAACCUGGCCAGCGCCAUCACGGUCAGCACACAGCUGGACAUCGCCCCGCAGCAUCACCUCUUCAUGAUGGGACGCAACUGCAGCAACAUCAAACACAUCAUGCAGCGCACGGGUGCUCAAGUUCACUUCCCUGAUCCCAACUGCCCUCAGAAGAAAUCCACCGUAUAUGUUCAGGGAAACAUCGACUCGGUGUGUCUCGCCCGACAGUACCUGAUGGGCUGUCUGCCUCUGGUGCUGAUGUUUGACAUCAAAGAGGACAUAGAGGUGGAACCAAAAUGCAUAACAUCACUUAUGGAGCAACUGGAUGUGUUCAUGAGCGUCAAACCAAAACCCAAGCAGCCCAGCAAGUCUGUGAUAGUGAAGAGUGUGGAGAGGAACGCUCUGAACAUGUAUGAGGCCAGACGCUGUCUGUUGGGUUUAGAGAGCAGUGGUGUAUCCGUUGCAGGCGGGUGCAGUAUUCCUCAUCUAUCAUCUCCCGCUCUCACCUGUCCUGUGGGACUCGACAUACUCGCCUCCACCGGCCUCGGCCUCACCAGCCUGGGUCUUCUGGGACCUGCGACCGCCUCUAUGACCAGACCCUCCACCAACUCUCUUCUGAAUGCUCUCAACAGCUCCAUCAGCCCGUUACAGACGCCCACCUCUGGAUCACCCAGUCCAACUCUCUGGUCCAGUCUCACCAGCACCGCAGGUUUCUCGUCACCCUUGAUGAUCCACCCGGCCACACAGGCCACACUGACCAGCAUGCUGUUGUCCGGAGUGACGGGCUACACCCAGAACAACCCCUCCCCUCCGCCCGGUCUCGCUCCUAUAGACGCUCAAGUGUCCGGAGUUUCAGACUGCAGUAAAGCCGUGUCCUCCCUCAGCAGCAAACAGUCCAGCUCAAUGUACAGAAUAUCUGCGGCGUCUUUGGCCGAGAAGGUUCUGAACGGCUCUCACGACUCUGUGCAGGACGCCAGCGGUCACCGCGCUUCUGAACCGCUGUCCAGCAAAUCCAACCAAGAUCAAGGUUCAGAUACGUUUGUGGAGGUGGGCAUGCCCCGCAGCCCCUCUCACUCUGGGAACAGUAAUGAACUGAAGCAGAUGUUGGCGUCGUGUAAGACGACCUCAGGAAAGAGACAAGCCCUGGAGCUGUUACAAGCCACCAACAACUCACUGCUACAUUCAGAUUCUCUGUUGUCAGACUCUGACUCCAGCGCUUCUGAUAGUCCUGUGGCUGAUAAACGUGCUCCAGGCAGUGAACGAGCAGCAGAACGGGCCGCCCGUCUGCCGCCUCAAUCCUCCUCUAACAUGCAGAUGAUGAACUCUGAUCCUGAGGCUCAGCCUGCUUUUGACUACGAGCAAAAGAAGUUAUUGGCGACCAAAGCCAUGUUGAAGAAGCCGGUGGUAACGGAGGUCCGCACUCCCACUAACACAUGGAGCGGUCUUGGCUUCUCAAAGUCAAUGCCUGCAGAAACCAUUAAAGAGCUGCGCAGAGCAAACCACGUGUCCUAUAAACCCAGCAUGGCCACUACAUAUGAGGGGUCGCCGCUGGCUCUGUCCCGCUCCAGCAGUCGAGAGGGGAUGGCGAGUGGAAGUGACUCUGAUAACUGGAGAGAGAGAAAUGGGAGCGGGCUCCCAGCACACCCUGACUUCACUUCUCCCAUCAGCCCCAAAAGAAAGCAGAACAGAACAGAACACUAUCUGAGCAGCAGUAACUACAUGGACUGCAUCUCUUCAGUGAUGGGGACUAACGGCUGUAAUCUCAACACAUCGCUCAGAGGAUCGGAUCUGCCUGAGCUCUUCAGCAAACUCGGCCUCGGAAAAUACACGGAUGUGUUCCAGCAGCAGGAGAUCGAUCUCCAGACGUUUCUCACGCUGACCGAUCAGGACCUGAAGGAAUUGGGCAUCACCACGUUUGGAGCCCGCAGGAAGAUGCUGCUCGCCAUCUCAGAGCUGAACAAGAACAGAAGAAAGCUUUUCGAAUCGCCCAACAUCCGCUCCUCAUUCCUGGAAGGGGGCGCCAGCGGUCGACUGCCACGCCAGUUCCACACAGAUAUUGCCAGCGUGAGCGGCCGCUGGUGAGACCUUCAAAACAAGCCAAACUGCACGAAACCCCAAUCCCCAAUCAUCUACAACCUGAUGAACAGCAAUGGACCAAACCCAGACCUUCUGAAACUGUGCCAAAAAUAUACAUGUCCAAGUGUUUUAUUCAGUACGGUGCUGGUGUUAUAAUGAAAGAAAUGACGUGAAGGUUCAGGACUUCAUUUAUAAGCAUGUCUCGGCCUUUGUCAUACUAAUUCUUUGCACUUUAAGAAUACUAAGUACUUUGUCUACGGACAGAUGUUCAUCUGAUCCGCCCGACUCCAUACGCUUGGAUCUCACUUACAGCACUUACAUGGAUAUCAAGCCAAACUCAAGUGUUCUGCACAAAAUGAAUCUCAAACCGCUGCGACACUGCAGUGAAAUCUGUUGAAUUGAAUCAUGUUUCAAUGAAUGAGACCUGAAGUGGAUAAUUAAAUGAAACACAACGGAGAACUCCAUCAAGUCACCUGAGCUAUGAAAGAGCAACACCUAAACACAUUUCCCUCUGGGCUGUCUUGACAAGAGACACACUUCAAAAUAAAGGUCCUGAUGAGGGCUUGCCAAAGUGAUUUCAUAAAGAACUUUGCAGUCAAAGGUUCCUCAAAGAAAAAACAGCAGCUUAAUGUUUCAUCAAUACCAAUAAUCACAACAGUAGAACCUGUUAAAGAGAACCUUGUGUUGUCAGCGCUCCUCCAACACGUUCAUCUAAAGUCAUUCAGAAGAGUUUUCAAGCUCAUGUUAAAUCUGUCAGAAGCAGAUCUCACUCUAUUUCUCUCUAUCUCACUCACUCACUCACUAUCUCACUCUCUCUCUCUAUCUCUCUCUAUCUAUCUAUCUCACUCUCUUUCUUUCUUUCUCUCUCUCUCUCUCUCACUCACUCUCUCUAUCUCUUUCACUCUCUAUCUCUCUCACUCUCUAUCUAUCUCAAUCACUCACUUUUUCUGUCUCUCUCUCUCACUGUCUCUCACUCACUCUAUCCCUCUCUCUCUCUCUCUCUCUCUCUCUCUCUCUCACUCACUCACACUCUUUCUCUCUCUUUCACUCUCUCUCUCUCUCUCUCUCUCUCUCACUAUCUCACUCACUCACACUCUCUCUCUCUUUCUGAUAGAAGUGCAAAUUACAACAGCUCAAUUUCAACCACUUUCCUCAAUGCCACCGACCACAACUCUUAAAAACACAAGCUCAUCUUUGAGAAAUCUUGGAUCUCUUCUCCAAACUACCUCCCUGAUUCCGCCCGUCCCGUCCAGAGCGCCACCAAAGUCUGCUUGUGUUUGGUUUAUAGAAGCGGUUUGAUCGUUCCGUAUCUCACAGCGCUCUCUCUGUGUUCUUCAGAGAACAUUUCCAAAGCAAGUGUUGUUUCCGAUCUAAAGCUGUGAAUGUUGUUCUCUGAAGGAUUCAAACCACCCGAGUGCCUUUUGUUUUGCACUGACAGUUUUGCCAAAGUCAUCAAAGACUCUUGAUCUCUGGAAGGUACAGAUGUUUUAACAUUUCCCCGUGUGUUCUUGAUUUUUAUCUUUACACGUACAAUAUGUAUUUACACCUCUCAUUUAACGUCAAACUUAUGUACCUGAUAUGUGAUAGAGGUACUGUUUAAAUCUGCAUUGUUGUUAUAGCAUGUAGUCUUAUUACUGCUUGAUAUUUUACAGGUGGUAGCAAACAAUCAGUUAGUUUUGUUUUGUUUUUAUUCUUUGAAAUUGAAUUGUGACUGACAAAUGAGUGAAACAACAUGUGUUUCCUAAAAGAAUCAUAAUAAUAUUAGUAGUUUUGAAAAUGCAACCGACUAUGCAAAGAGUCCCUUUGCCAUUUUAAAUGUAUUGUUUUAAGCACAUAUGUUUCUGUGGUUUAAUCUUUGAUUUAUUUGAAGCAAAUCAGUUUUAGAUGUUGCUUUCAGUAUAUCUCAGUAUAUCAAUAGUUUAGCGCUUUCUACACAUCAAAUGUUAUUUUAGCGAGAGACCGACUGUAAUUCAUUUUUGGAGCUGUUUUGUUCUCUCCGUUCGAGGGGAAGAUAAGGGAUUCAUUUCUGACAUGACCUUGUGACCGGGGUCAGCACGUUUUUCAGUAUCUUGGUCAUAUGUGUAACCUCUGGGUUGGGAGGGUACAUACACAACAUGCACAAAUGUACAGAUCCAUGAUUGUGAAGCAUAAUAAGAAAUACACAAGCACAUUCAUCCGUAUUGUUCUGACAGACGUCUUUAAGUUACAUCUCGGCCAGUGCCUUGGGAAUGACUUUAUAUGUCUGUGAGCUCGGCAGAUUUUGUAAAAUACUCCAUUGUGAUGUUUUGUUGAGGUUGGGUCAUACAUUUGUAUACAGGAUGUGUUACCGCUGAAUGUUGUUUAUAAAUCAGAAGUGUUGUUACAGAUGAAUAAAGUGUAUGGAAACCUUUUC